AUGAAAAAGAGGUGGUACUUUGAUGUUUUGCUGGAGAGAGGACUCACAAGUUGGGUGACUGUGGAAAUAUUGUUGCAACUAAGGGAAUUUUUUUAUGUUGGACGAAUGUUUUUUAUGAGUUACUUGGUUAAGGAACAAUUUAUUAAUGGCGUUCAAUGCAAGAACGUCAAUGGCGGUCACAUUACUGCAAUUAUAAGGACAUUAAUGAAGAUUAAUGCAAUCAUUCAACCUAAUGACAGAGAUUUCUUUACAGCAAGAGCUAAGGUAAAGGCAUCAAAAGCAGCAGAAAACACGAGUUUAAAGAUUGAUCCCGUAUGGGUUUUGCUGGAUAAAAUCGUUUCUUUUAUAAGGGAAGAAGCUAUGAAGCGUGUUAAAAAGGAUAAUUCUACUAGGGUUCAAGUUCAACGUGAUGGAAACAGUGAUGAUCACUAUACAUUAAAGAAGAAUCGGCCUUUGCAAAUUCUGGGUUUUCAAGAAUUCCUUGGUCAGCUUAAUUCCAUGGGAAAUGAAGAAGAAGGCUUACCCACAAGAAAAGAGACCAGAGUAGGAGCAAGUAGCAGUAACACAAUCGAUCCUACAGUUCAAAUGGUUGGGAGUUCCACAGAAAUAACUGAGGAUAAUCCAGAGGGACAACACAGGAGGCACCGAGAGCUCAGCUUAGAGAUAUCAUCAAGAAGUUUGGAGGACGCCAGAUGUGAUUUUGUGAGAACUCAAACACCUCCAAUACGAAGUCCCACUCCCAAAAGAGUAAAUUUUUCACCCAUGCCGAGCCCUAGUUUUUCCCAAAUGAACGAGCCCUCUGAUCCCUCAUCAUCAAAAAUUAAAUCAAACAUAAGAAGUUUACUUCCAAAGUUAAGUUUUAAAUAUCGGAAUAGUACUUUGGAUAUUGAGAAGGCCGCCAUGCUAGCACUAGGAGGUUCAUCAGAAACAACAAAGCAAAAGCCGUUCAUUUCCAGGACGUUAUCUCUCACAAAGCUUUUUACACUCAGGACAAAGAAAACAUCAUCCUUACCUGUUACCCCUAUUGCACACUCAAAUCCGGAGUCUAUGCAUGGAGGAAGUAUAAUUAAUCCACCAAGUUCUGUUAAAAGGCCCAUUCAUCGGUCACGCUCUGUCCCUGUAAUUAGCAAAGACGGAAGCGUAAGGCAGUUGGAGUCUUUAGGUGGCCUGUUUCGUGUGGUUCCAAGUACUCCAAGAGCGGCUGAGGGGGCUGUCCCAAUAAUGAGAACAUCUUAUGCAUCACCCACAAAUGAUUCUGAUGGAAAUGAUGAUGGUGGUGAAGAUAUCCCUGAAGAAGAAGCCGUUUGCAGAAUCUGCUUGAUUGAACUGGGGGAAGGUGCUGACACCCUCAAGAUGGAAUGCAGCUGCAGAGGUGAACUUGCAUUGGCACACCAAGAAUGUGCUGUAAAAUGGUUUAGUGUUAAAGGUAAUAGAACAUGUGAUGUGUGCAAGCAGGAAGUUAAGAAUCUACCAGUUACCCUUUUCCGAGUUCAAAAUUCUCAGGCACUUGAUUCUCGAGGAGAUCAAACUCGGCAUGCGGAGGAUGUUCCUGUUCUUGUCAUUGUCAGCAUGCUUGCCUACUUUUGUUUUCUCGAGCAACUUCUGGUUGGAAAAAUGGGGUCUGGUGCAAUUGCCAUUUCUCUUCCAUUUUCCUGCAUAUUGGGCCUGCUUGCCUCCAUGACUUCAACCACAAUGGGUAGGGCUGACCUUGUAUCUCUUCAUAUGCAGGCUGUUCUAUGUGUUCUCCUUGCCACUUUUACGGGUUUCGGAGCUACAAUGUUCGGAAAUUCUGUUAUAGUUGAGAUGAUGAGAUGGAGGAGAAGAUGGCUUGCUCAGUCAAAUGAACAGCGUGGUUCUCUGGAUUUGGCACAACCACAACAACAGCCUGCUACGGUUAAUGAAACUCAAUCAGAUCACAUUCUUCCAGCUCUGACUCUGAGAAUAUCAACUGUAGAAAAGGAGAUGAACAGCCACACCAGCAAAUUCAAAUCAUAUUCAAACUGA